GACGUCGUGGGCGAUAAUUGUUAUUGUUAGCUUGUUAGCUAUCGGCUACUUGAUUCAUGAAUAGAGAUAUGACGGAGUUAUAACAUCUUAUUACAUGUGAACGGUGAAGUUAUUACAACUGUAAAAAGGGACGUGAUGGAGGAGGGAAACAGAAACGAAGGUGCCUCCACAGCCAAGAACCACACAGCGUCAAUUCAACUACAGACUCCAAAAAAUGAGGACACCUAUGAAAUAGCUAUCCCGUAUGAAGAGAGCAGCUUUGAACAACAAGGGUUUUUCAACCAGACUGAUCAGAAUUUUGAGGAAUCUGCCCCCACUACUGGUUCUUCCGCCCCUAGUAACUCAUAUAUACUGAUCACCAACCUGCGGACCCAGCUGCAAAUCUCUCUGGAGAAGAACUCCUGGUUGCAGAAGCGGAUCGAGGACCUGGAGGAGGAGAGGGACUUCCUCCGCUGCCAGUUGGACCGCUUCAUCUUCUCCACAAAGAGUCAGGGUCAGGGUGAUGGACAGAGCCACUAUAGUAAUGGAUAUGAAUCAAGACGAUUCAAUUGGAGGGGCAGAAGAGAGGAAGAUCGUCCCGUUGAGCCGCAGAAGUCAGAUUUCCCCACACGGCAAUUUAAUCAACGAAGGCCUGCUCCUUCAGCGAUGCUGGCAUCCAAGAAUACAAACCCAAUGGCUAAUCAGCUUGGCUCCCUGAACGCAUUGUUCAACUCUGCAUCCGCCCAGGCACAUCUACCUGGCCAUAGCAGCACCAGUUCAACUGCCAUUGGCAGUAACCCCAGGCCGACCAUCAAUGAACUUGGCAGCCAUGUCAACGUGGGGCAAGUCAUGCUGACAGAUUGUCCUUGGACUCUCUUAUCAGAGCCUCUUUCACUGCUGGGGGAAUCGGAAGAGUACCUGGAGCAGGAGAGCUAUCUUGAUGAAGAGCAAAUGAUAACAGGAGAGCAUGGGUUGCCAGAGAAUAUGAACGCUAAUAGACUCGCGAUAAAGAGGAGGAAGAUUUUUCAAGCACCAAGGGAGCGACAAAGAGUGAAAGAUGCCGCUGGUGUUCUCUUCCGCUACAAAAAGAUCCUACUGACCUACCAGCGUCUGAAGAACAUGUCUAAAGCCUUCCAGAUUCAUGGUGUGGAUCGGAACACAAUAGCCUCCACCACACCCAUUGCAGAACUGUUACUAGUAGCCCCAGAAAAGGUGGCAGAGGUGGGCCAGUUUGAUCCUUCCAAGGAGAAGUUGCUUGACUACGCCCGGCGCUGCUACAUUACCAUGGAUGAGGAGACACUCAGCAGGGUGCAGGCCCUGAAAAAGAAUAACUUGCUUCUGCCCAUAUCCUACAGGUUUAGACACUGAGGAGAGGAACAGAGGAACACACUCCACAGGACGUUGGGGUGGUUAGGAAGGGCAGGUGAGCUGCUGCAGCAGGCCAGCUCCCCUGAUAGGAAUAUGGAUGUCCAGAGGCCUUUUGGAAUUAUUUUGCCUUGAGAUUGUCUAGGACGUAGCCAUGGAGCUGUUUCAGACCCUUCCUUUUAAGACACCUAUUUGUAUGCCUCACUGGUUUUUAUUUUAACAAUUGAUGAAUAAUCCUCAACAAUCCUCAUCAAGUAAUAAAUAAUCACCAUAAUGCAAGAGCAAUUCAAAAAUGAAUGCCUUUACCUUUUGAAGAAAGAAGUUGUUUUAAUUGUAACCUUUAUGUUUUUUCUCCACAUUUAAAUCAUGUAGAUGAGAUAAGAGGCACAGCAGAACUUUUGUCUGUGUGGGUUUUAAGAAAGCAUAGACGUAAUUUGAUCCUUUUAAGGUUCAAUGGUGAAUGUGAUUAAGGAGAAUUUGGGAGGAUGCCCCAGUAGGUUUAAUUAAUCAUGAAUGGAAUAUUAGACUCACCUGCUUGAACUUGGUGUCAAGGAAACUAUAACUUUUUCAGGAAAUAUGGUGACAUUUGAAAAAUGUCCAUUUCUCUUUCAUGUUGUCUGUAAAAGUUCCAUCCACAGAAAAUGUGUUGUUUCAUUUUUUUUCUUUUUUAGAAGCAUUGACAGUUGCAGUAGCAGUAUCUGAUGUAUUGUACACACGUGUGUACAUAGCCAAAGUUCCAACACCAGUCCCUUGAGGCACGUUGAGAGCAGCAGGUGUAAAUGCAAAGGGCACCUGCUGCUAACCACUUGCAUUUACAGUUGAAUGGCUAGGGUCUGAUUCAGCAGAUAUUUAUUGUUCCCUUUUCUUUAAAGGAAAAAGAACUGGGAGAUAUUUGUUGACAUCGUUUUCCUUAUGCAUUGAGGCUAUUGAGGAGAUGGUAGUUUACUUGUCUUAUAUAGACAUUUUUGAUAACUCAUCUCUUUAGGGUGGGUAAUUUAAAUUCCAGGUAGCCUAAAUUAUGGAUAAUUACAAUAUAUACAUGUAUAUGUUUUAAAUGAAUAAUUCAAUAAUUGACAAUUGUUUUAACAUUACAUUUUAUUUUUUGCAAAGAGCUUCAUUCCUUUUAAGCGUCUAUGUCAUUACAUAUUUAAUCCUUCGAGACCCACCUAGUUUGGAGUCGUCAUUUUGAAUUACAGUGUUGGUUGUGAAACAUCAGAAAUAAGACAAAUGACUUUAGUGGCUGCAUUUUAUGAAUGCUUUGAUGUCAUAUAUGUUAUUUGUGGAGAGAGGAUAAAUCUAUUAAAGAGGCUGCUGCUGUUCCGAUCGA